UUCUUUUAUUUGACUCAUCAUUAGCUUUAAUUUUUUACAUAGAUUGAGAUGGCUUCUAAGCCAUGGUUGGUUCUAUCACUUCUUCUAUUAGCUGCAAACUGCAUGCAACAAUGUGUCCAUGGAGAAUCGCAAGUGCCUUGUAUUUUUAUAUUUGGAGACUCUCUAUGUGACAAUGGAAAUAACAACAAUCUUCAAACAUUUACAAAGUGCAAUUACAAACCAUAUGGCAUUGACUUCCCAUUAGGCCCAACCGGAAGAUUUACCAAUGGACGAACAGCUGUUGACCUAAUUGCUCAGCUUCUGGGAUUUGAGAGUUUCAUCCCACCCUUUGCAAACACUGGUGGCUCAGACAUACUAAAGGGUGUGAACUAUGCUUCUGGAGCAGCUGGUAUUCGACCUGAGACCGGCACACGUAUGGGUGCCAAUGUUAAUUUGGGAUUACAGAUGAGAAACCACAGAGUCAUAUUUUCGAGAAUUGCUACCAAACUUGGAGGUGUUGAGAAAGCUAAACAGCACCUUAACAAGUGCUUGUAUUAUGUGAACAUUGGAAACAAUGAUUACAUAAAUAAUUACUUUCUUCCCGAGUAUUACCCAACAAGUCGUAACUAUACCCCUCAGCAAUAUGCCGACAACCUUAUUCUCCAGUUAUCUCAACAUAUGCAGGCACUACAUAACGACGUUGGAGCAAGAAAAAUGGUGUUUGUUGGGACGGCUCUUUUAGGUUGCACUCCAAAUGCAAUCUCAACAUAUAAAACAAAUGGAUUUUGUGUUGAAGAGAUAAAUGGUGCUGUGUCCUUGUUCAAUGCCAACCUUAAAUCUAUGGUUGACGAAUUCAAUAACAAGUUCUCUGUUGAUUCCAAAUUCAUCUUUAUAAACAGCGCAGCCAGCAUCCUUAGCAAGUCCCUUGGUGGGUUCACUGUUGGAAAUGUUUCUUGUUGCAAAACAGGGAGGUUUGGAUUGUGUAAUCCUAAUGAAGCACCAUGCCAGGAUAGAACUCAUCACAUAUUUUGGGAUCAAUUCCAUCCCACAGAAGCUGUCAACCAAAUCGUUGCAUUAAUUUCAUAUAAUGGUUCUAACCCGACCGUCACUUACCCAAUGGAUAUCAAGCACCUUGUUCAAUCCUAAAUGAUGAUCCAAUUCAAAUCACGAUUGUCUCCUUAAUAUUAAUUUCUUAUCAUGCGUAAUAAUUUGUAUUUAGCUGAAUAAGUGUUGGAGUUAAAUACAACAAAACAUGUAAUAGUUUUUUCCAAUACAAAGAAUAAUAUCACACAAAAAAAUGUAGCCUUGUAAACAUGUUAUUUUAACAGAUACUUGUUUUCAUCGGCUAUAUUUCGUUAUAAAGUAAGGUAGCCCGUUAGUAGAGUUAAUUACUAA